UGCUUCUCAAGACUAAACUAUCUAAUAUGUUACAUUUUAGGUCAGAAGACAUGUCUUCAUCUACAUGGCAUCUUUCCUUACCUCUAUGUGCCAUAUGAUGGCUAUGGACAGCAGCCAGAAAGCUAUCUUUCUCAGAUGGCAUUCAGUAUCGACAGAGCUCUUAAUGUGGCUUUAGGCAAUCCAUCUUCCACUGCUCAGCAUGUGUUCAAAGUGUCAUUAGUAUCAGGAAUGCCUUUUUAUGGCUAUCAUGAGAAGGAAAGACACUUUAUGAAGAUCUAUCUUUACAAUCCUGCAAUGGUAAAAAGGAUAUGUGAACUUUUGCAAAGUGGAGCCAUAAUGAAUAAAUUUUACCAGCCUCAUGAAGCACAUAUUCCCUACCUCCUACAGCUCUUUAUUGACUACAAUCUUUAUGGGAUGAAUUUAAUAAAUCUGGCUGCUGUCAAGUUUCGAAAAGCAAGAAGGAAAAGUAGGUUAAUUUUCAAGUUCAAAUUAACGCUUCGAAACAAAUGUUACAUAAUUAAUGAUUUACAAAAAAGGUAUAUAUUUAGAAAAUAAGUGGUGAGUGGAUAGAUAAACAAUAAAAAGAAAUAUGCAGAAUGAGAUUUGAUUAUCAGGAAAAGCUCUUAAAAGAAAUUUUGGGUGCCUGGGACCAUGGCUAAACUGUUAGAGUGCCUAUCUGGCAAGUGCAAGGCCCUGAGUUCAAACCUCAGCACCGCCAAAAAAAUCUAGCAUAUAAUUCCAUAUAUACAAAGAUGAAUUUUUUGUAAUACUUUUAUUGAGAUAUAGUCACAUGCAGUACAAUUCUUUCAUUCACAGAGGAUAGUUUGGAGGUUUUCAGAAUAUUCAUAGUUGUACAGUCAUCACCACACACUUAGAAUAUUUUCAUCAACUCUGAAAGAAACCCCGUAUGCUUUAGUAAUCACCUGCAAGCUUCCCAUGUCUACCACCCAUAAGCAACUACUGUUCUACUGUUUCCAUGUAUUUGCCCAUCCUG